GCUUACAAUGCUGUAGCUCGUGGCUGACUGUUAUCCAUUUCCUUGUGAACACACACACACACACACACUGCAAUUCAACAAGAGGGAAUGGCAAUGGCGCUUCUCUCAGCACCCCCGCCACCAUCUCAUAAAACCUCCUUCUUUCAACCCCCUUACACCACCUCUUUUCGCUCCAUAGCUUUCAUCAAGUACCCAUAUAAGCUUACCGCUGCUUCUUCAACUACACCCACCGCUGAAGAUAAACCUACCGCUUCACCUGAUGGUGUUGCUGUCGAAUCAGAAUCUGCCACCAUGGUUGCAGUUGAAGAUCCUCCUUUCAGGGGUUGCAAGGCCUGUGGAAAAGAGGAAUUGGAGAGGGGAUGCAAUGGUGAGGGGAGGAUUCAAGGAGGGAUUGCAACAGUCCCAGGGUUUGGUUGGUGGCCUAUAAAGGCUUACCGUCCUUGCCCUGCAUUUGUUGCAUCUGGCGGUCGGUAUACGCGGCGUGGUCAAAGCAUGGAUGAAGUUGCCUCUGGAGGAGGGGGAAGAGUUAGUUCCAUAGGGAUCAGUGAUGAGGCUGAAUCAAGCAAGAUAAAGCAAGGUCGAAAGAAGCUCAAAAGAUAACCAAUGCCUAGAAUUCAUGGGAACGUAAGAUGGGAAAAGCUGUUACUUGAGAUAUUGACCAUCAAGUCAUAUAAUUUUGUUGCUAAUUUAUAUUAUUCAAAGCAUAAACACUGUGGUUCUUAUUAAAUAAAGGUUAAAAUAUUUCCAUAA